AUCUCAUCUCAUUGUUUCCCUUGUUGUUUGACUCUAAUUCAAUUCAUUAAUUAACCUCCAAAGGCAGUCCAAACCUCACUCCUCCGCAUUACGUGUCUCUCCCUAAGCUCUCAAUUAGCUGACAAAUUUCCCAACCCGAGCAUCUUCUCCGCCUCAGAUACUCAGAUACCUCUCUCUCUCUCUCUCUAUAUAUAUAUCGAUUAUUGGGUUUGGUCUCCGUUUAUUCCAACUUCUCUGCCUCUUUUUACAGCGCCUGAUGCGCCAACCCAGUAGCUGUAGCUAUAAAGGGCUAAUUUUUGGUCUCUGAAGCUUCAAUUAUGGCUUCUUGGGUACUUUUACCGGCCUCGUCCUUCACUGGAAAUCGUUUGGAAGUUGUUGGGUUCGCAUCCUCUUCUUCUCGCUCUUUUGUGAAUUCGCUGAGGACUCGUGGUGGGUCUUUCUGUGUUCGCUCUUCUUUGGACUCUAAUGUUUCUGACAUGAGUGUAAAUGCUCCAAAGGGGUUGUUUCCACCUGAACCUGAGCACUAUCGAGGGCCCAAGUUGAAAGUGGCUAUCAUUGGUGCUGGAUUGGCAGGGAUGUCAACCGCAGUUGAGCUUUUAGAUCAGGGCCAUGAGGUGGAUAUAUACGAUUCAAGGUCUUUUAUAGGCGGCAAAGUAGGAUCUUUUGUUGAUAAACAUGGAAACCACAUUGAAAUGGGACUUCACGUUUUCUUCGGUUGCUAUAACAAUCUUUUCCGGUUAAUGAAAAAGGUUGGUGCAGAGAAAAAUCUACUUGUAAAGGAUCAUACUCACACUUUUGUGAACAAAGGGGGUGAAAUAGGUGAACUUGAUUUUCGGUUUCCGGUCGGGGCACCAUUACAUGGCAUUAAUGCAUUUUUAACUACAAAUCAGCUAAAGACAUAUGAUAAAGCUAGAAAUGCUGUGGCCCUUGCCUUAAGUCCAGUUGUUAGGGCUCUUGUUGAUCCAGAUGGAGCCAUGAGGAACAUUCGAGAUUUGGAUAAUAUUAGCUUCUCUGAUUGGUUCUUGUCCAAAGGUGGUACGCGUACGAGUAUUCAAAGAAUGUGGGAUCCUGUGGCAUAUGCACUUGGAUUUAUUGACUGUGAUAAUAUCAGUGCUCGUUGUAUGCUCACUAUAUUCUCAUUAUUUGCAACUAAGACAGAGGCUUCCUUAUUGCGCAUGCUCAAGGGUUCUCCAGAUGUUUACUUGAGUGGUCCAAUAAAAAAGUACAUUACUGACAGAGGGGGCAGGUUUCAUCUUAGAUGGGGAUGUAGAGAGAUUCUGUAUGAUAAAUCUGCUAAUGGAGAAAUAUACGUUAAAGGAUUAGCCCUGUCCAAGGCCACUAACAAGAAAAUAGUCAAAGCUGAUGCUUAUGUUGCAGCAUGUGAUGUCCCAGGAAUUAAGAGAUUACUUCCACAACAAUGGAGGGAAUCAGAAUUUUUCAAUAACAUUUAUGAACUAGUAGGAGUGCCUGUUGUCACGGUGCAGCUUAGAUACAAUGGCUGGGUCACUGAGUUGCAAGAUCUAGAACAGUCAAGGCAACUAAAGAAAGCUGUGGGAUUGGAUAACCUUCUUUAUACUCCAGACGCAGAUUUCUCAUGUUUUGCAGACCUAGCACUUUCUUCUCCAGCUGACUACUACAUUGAGGGACAAGGUUCACUUCUCCAAUGCGUUCUGACGCCCGGCGAUCCUUACAUGCCCUUAACAAAUGAACAAAUCAUAGAAAGAGUGGCAAGACAGGUUUUAACUUUAUUCCCAUCAUCCCAAGGGUUAGAAGUUACUUGGUCAUCAGUUGUUAAAAUCGGGCAAUCUCUUUAUCGAGAGGGCCCUGGUAAAGAUCCAUUCAGACCUGAUCAGAAGACGCCUAUACAAAAUUUCUUCCUUGCAGGAUCAUAUACAAAACAGGAUUACAUAGACAGUAUGGAAGGAGCAACAUUGUCUGGCAGACAAGCUUCUGCGUACAUAUGUGACGCUGGCGAAAAUUUGGUCGCUUUGCGGAAGAAGCUUGCCAUUGAUUUCGACGAACUCCUUGAAGAAGCUUCCAAUACUACUGACGAACUUAGUCUUGUUUAAAUCAUCAUAUGAGUGAUUAUUCAUUAACUUGCUUUGAGCAUUAAGCAAAUCCCACCUCAUAUUGUCAAAGAUUAGGUGGUGUUAUAUUCCAGUCAUGUAUUAUUUUGUAACAUAGUAAAAAAUGUAAGUUCAGUCUCA